AUGUGGCUGAGGGCCAAGCAUUGGUUCUGGCACUGGCCCUCGCGCCUCGUUCUCCGCUACAUCACCAUCCUCUUCCUCUUCGGCUUCCUCAUCACAAACUACGUGCUAUGGACGAGCAGCCAGGGCUGGGACGUCGCCGAGCCGAACGGCCCUGUAACCUUUGGCCCCAAGCACCCCAUUAAGAAGUUGAUGGUUGAUGCCCGCGCCCGCCACGAAGCCCUCCUCGCCAAGCGCAGUUACGACCUCAACGAUGCCGCUGCGCGAUACCGCGCCCGCCGAGGCCGUCACCCGCCCCCCGGCUUCGACAAGUGGACUGAGGCCGCUCUCGGCUCCGACGCCAUUCUCGUCGAGGACUUUUUCGAUCGCAUCUACAAGGACCUGACUCCCUACUGGGCCCUCGAUCCCCAAACCCUCGCCCAGCGUGCCGCCUCCUGGCACUGGGUUGUCCGGGUCCGCGACGGCCAGGCCACCGGCCAGGGAAACACUACUAACCGAGUUCCCUGGCUACAGCUAUGGACUGAGCUCGUCACUGAAUUCUCCGUCCACCUGCCCGAUGUUGACAUGCCCAUUAACUACAUGGAUGAGCCUCGAAUCCUCGUCCCCUUUGACGAAGUCUCAAAGCUCGUCGAACGAGAGCGCAACGACCGGCGCAUGCCCCCUGCUCACGAGGUCGUCACCAGCUUCAAGGGCCUGUCCCAGAUCGAUGCCAUGAACCCUCAACUAUACGAACCGCAUUGGUUCAACCGCUCUGACAAUUACUGGGACCUCACUCGUGUGACGUGUGGUCCCAACGCUCCCUCGCGCAACGUCGAACAGAUCUCCGACUUCAGUACGCCCAUUGACUACCCAUCCGGCUGGACCCCCGACUAUGCAUACAAGGGAUACAUCAAGAACUGGACCGCCGCCAUGGACCCAUGCACUCAACCGCAGCUACGACAGAUGCACGGCAGCUUUGUCAACCCCCUUAGUUUGUCUACUACCAAGGAGCUAAUCCCCAUGUUUGGCGGUUCCAAGCUUCCUAUGAACAACGAGAUCCUCAUACCUGGCGCCAUGUAUCUCACCGUUGACGAGUUCUACUCCGGGGGUGAGAACCAGCGCGGCCCGGCUUGGCACAAGAAGAAGAAUGGUAUUGUUUGGCGCGGUGUUGCGUCCGGUGGCAAAGCCAAGAGCUAUAACUGGCAUCGUUUCCACCGCCACCGCCUCGUACAGAUGCUCAACGGUACCACCGUCAACGCCAUGGAGCACCAGGGUUUCAAGGCCCAGACCUUUGACCUCCCAGAUGCCGAACUCUACAAGAGCCUGCACCGUGACGAAAACAGCUUUGGCAAAUGGCUGACCAAAUUCGCCAAUGCCGGCUUCAUCAGCCGACAAUGCCAGGUCGAGCCCUGUGAAUAUCUCGACCCUUACUACGCCGAGGUGGACGGUAUGCCGAUGAAGGACCAGUACAAAUACAAGUUCCUCCCAGACGUUGACGGCAACUCUUUCAGCGCCCGCUUUCGCGGCUUUAUGCGCUCUAGCAGCACUCCGCUCAAGGCUACCAUCUACGCGGAGUGGCAUGACGACCGACUUACUCCGUGGGUUCAUUUUGUGCCCCUCGACAACUCAUUUCAGGAUCUUUACUCCGUCCUCGAGUACUUCACCGACGACGAAGUUGCUGGCGAUACCGCAGCUCGGUACAUCGCUGAACGUGGCAAGGAAUGGUCCGAGCAGGUCCUACGUCGUGAGGACAUGCGUCUCUACGUUUGGCGCUUACUGCUCGAGUGGGCCCGCGUUUGUGAUGAGAACCGACAGAACCUAGGGUUUAUCAAAGACUUGACCGACUCGCAACGAUGA